UAAUAAUUUAGUGUUAAAGGAAAUAAAGAAAUUACUUACAUACAUACAACAAUAUAAACAUAAAAAAGGAAGUUAGUUAUUUAUUAUUAUAGACUAAAUAAUUAGGAAGACAAAAACAGAAUAUAAAUAAAAAUGGAAUAGCAAUACUAAAUGUAAUUGGUUUUUGAAAUACCAAACUGUACUUUGUACGAUAUCAAUGGAAGUUAAUACUCAGUCAUUGAUAAAGGAGCUUUAGCAAUCUAUGAAUUGAAAUCUCAUUAAUUAAUAGUAUUGAAAUUAGGUUCUUGGUAAUACAGUCUGUAAAAGGAUAUUCCUGUUAUGGCUUAACAAUAGAAUUCAAGAAAGAUGUAUGCCUUCCCUAAAAAGCAAGGAAACUUUGGAAUUGUCUUUGGUUAUGGCACUUCAGAUGAAUAAGAAAAUGUUUUUGAAAGCAUUCUAGAAAAUAAUACUGAUUUUGUCAUUUCAACUCCUGGAUAAGAAGAUUCUUCUUAGAAACUCGUAGGUUCUUCAAACGAUUAAUAGCAACUCUAGCAAUAAGGAGGAACAACAACAUCAAGCACUUCAAAGAAAAUUUAAGGAUAUCUCUAAAAAGGUGGCGAUUUCAUCCGCAGUGGUUUGAUUACUGGAGCAGGUUAUUUAGCUAAAGGGAUUUAAAGUGGUGGAUAAUACCUUAGGUCAAAGAUUUCAAAACCUUAAAAAAAAGAAGUGAAGCCUGAAACAAUUUAGAAAGUUAAAAUGGCAAAAGCAACAUCAUCUGCUGUAUUAAUUUUCACUUAGACUUAAAUAUCAGCUUUGAUUUAGGGCGCAAAAGUGAUUGGAGAAGAAUUAAGCAACUAAGUUGGAGAUUCAGAUACAGGAAAGAAGAUCAAAGCUCACAAAAAUUAUGAAGAUGCCAAAAACAUUGCUAAGGGUACAGUCCAUGUCUUUGCAGCUAUUUAUGAUGGUAUGUUUGAAGGCUUGUGCGCUAUUGGAAGAGGUUUCUAAGCAGCAACUACUGAUGUUGUUCAAGCACAAUACGGAGAGGGAGCUGGCCAACUUGCUCAUGAAUCUUUUGAAACUGCUGCUAACGUUGGAAACAUAGCUUACGCCUAUAAAACUGAAGCAAUCAAAGCCAUAGAAUAAGGAACUAAAUCUGAAAUCAAACAAUGA